AUGAGCAAAAGAACAGGCCGGAAGCCAAAACGUGAACGUACAUCAAGGCGUCGUACAAGGCGUCAUUCAUCUACAUCUGAUACAUCGUCUGAAGAUGUACCACCAAAACCAUCCAAAACAAGAGCUAGAGCUAGUAGCAGAGUCGAUGAAACCGAAAAAAAGGUGGCACUGACUAUAAAACUACCAAAGCCAGAAACCACCACUGCUAGUGAUGAAAAUACCACUGGUAUGUGGAAAGUGGAGUGUUCAAAUGGAUCAGAUGGUGACAUUCAGAAACUAAAAAUUAGUUUGAGACGUUCACCUAAAGAUUUAUUGAGAGAACAGGCAGCUGAAGCUAAAUAUUCUGCCGAAAGAAAAGCAGCAGAAGAAGCUGCUGGUAGUUCAACAAAUACAUCUAUCCUGGAUGGUAGUGUUACAACUUAUUUAGAACAGUUUGGUAGUACUGUGGCAGUUGAAGAAACUGAAGAAAACUUAGUUGAUUGUAAUGAACAAGGUAAUGUCUAAUGUAAUUUAAUACUUUAACAAAAUUUAGAUACAUAAUUAAUUAGUUUAAAAAUCUACCUAGUUUUUAUUAUAUUUUGCAUUUCUAAAAAAAAUAAUUAUGCAUUUAAAAUAUUUAAAAUAAAAUAAUAAUGUUAACAUUCUAAUGUUUAUAUUUUGUAGAGUAGCCAACAAUAAAUGUUUUUCAUAUCAAAUUUAAAUAUUAAAUAUAAUAUCAAUUGUAAUGUAUUUCAACUAAUUAAACUGAUCAGAAUUUAAAUAAUGUGUUUAAUCAAGUGUAGAUAAAUAAUAGUAGAAAAAUAGUUUUUUAUUGAACUAACCAAUACAUUUGUAUUAACUUGUAUUACCCCUUUUAUAUAUAGUAAUGCUUAACAAUUAUAUAAUUUAAUUAAUGUAUGUAAAUAUUUUAAAAGUUAUCAAUGAGAAAAAUAAUAAAAUAGUUGAUAUUAAGUCCAUUCAUAUAGUCUAAAUAAUUAUGAGCUAUAUAUAUAAUACGUAAGUUCCAUUUUUUUUUUUUUUUUUUUUUAUAAUGUAAACAAAUGAAAUAGAUAGUAUAAAAGUAAUCAAAUUACUAAAAUGCAUUAAAUUGAGACUAAAUAUUUCCAUUUAUUAAUUGUUAGUACCAUAAUAUAGUGAAAUAAAACUCACAUUAACAUAUACUUAUGUAUAAGUAGGUAUAAAAAACCUUUGAUUUUAUAAAUACUAGAUUUGUUAUAGAUAUUAAAAUUAAAAAAAGAUAUGAACAUACUUCGAACUAUGGGUGGGCCACUGUUGUAGGUGAGAAGUUGUAAAGUUGUAUGAUAUAGAGAGAAAACAUGAUUUUUUUUUUUUUUUUUUUACCUUUGUAUGUCCUAUGAGUAUAAAUGUAAUGCAUGAAUUAUUGUAUAUUACAUUACAAAAAUAAUCAAACUAUUUUAUGUUAUUUGAUAGACUAAUUUAAUGAUUGCACUGUGAAAAUUAUUUAAAAUGUGUAGGUACCUACUAUUAAAAAUUUGAUUUUAAUUAUAAACCUAUAAAACAAAUAUAUUGUAUUGAAAAGUGUUCUUUUCAGAAACAGCCCUUUUUAGAGCCACCAAAUUAUAAAUUCCUUACAAAAUAUAUAUUUAAAAAAAAAAAAAAAAACACUGUCCAUGAAAAUCAGUCUGAAAGUAGAAAAAUUGAAAAUCUAUGAGAUGUUCAUCGAUGACAUUUUUUCUCAGACCCAAAGACCAUACUUUAAUCUGUAACAUUAUGCAAUGAUUAAUCAUUGCUAACAAAAAAUGAUUUUGAGUGAUAGUACAUGUAUUUAGAGGUCGUAAUAUUUACAAUUUUCAUCAAAAUUAGCUAUUAAAAUUCUUUAUUAAACUCUGUUGUUUUUUUUACCACAAAGUACAACUUAUAAUUAACCUCCUGUUAAAUUUUCAAGCAUUUCUGUUUGUCCUAACAAUUUAAUCUGCAGAGUACCUAUCGAAUAAAAAUUAUGUAAGAAACUUGCAAAAUUAAAAUGUCUAUAAAUAGCUCAAAAAUGGCUAAAAUGUUUUAAAAAAUUUACCACGCCUUGAAAAAAACUAAUAUAAUUUUUCUUAACAAAUUUCAAAUCUAUGAAUAUUUUUAACUGAAUCACAACAAAAAUGAAAAUAAUAUAUUUUAUAAAUUUUCCCGUUUUUUUCCAAUUAAGAUAAAAUUUACUUUCAGAAAAGUUAUUCACAGAAAAAUAUAAACAUCAUUGUAAAACCAAUACAUUCCUUGUGCCAUUCAGAAUCUAAAAGUAAUAUACUUAGUAAAAAUAUUAAAUUCUUGUCUAAUUUGUUUAUUAUAUGUUUUUAUUUAUUCAUUAUAGGUAUAACCUAACCAGAAAUUUAUUUCAAUAUUUUUUUUUUUUUUAUAUGGCAUAUACAAAUUUAGUUAAUAGUAUUUAAUUAAUAUAUUUACUAAGUUUCCAUUACUUAAUUUGUCAAAUAUUAUUUUUAAAAUGUACAUUUUUUUUAAAUUUUCAGUACAAAUUGUAAUCCCUACCAAUGAAUCAUCGUGUAACCAAGGUAGUUUAAGCAAAAUUGAUGAUCAGGUUGGCAGUGGUGAAAUGUCAUCUGAAAUUACAGACCCUAAAGAAGAACCUGUUAUAGAAAAUAUAUCAACAGAUAAUAAUAAGCUCAUUGAUGAAGUUAGUGAAACCAUAGUUGUAAUAACAAAUGAUAUUUGUGAAGAGACUAUUGAAACAACAAAUAUUGUAGAGUCAAUCAAUUUAUCUGAAUAUUGUCCAGACUCUACAGUCCAUUCUUCCAUUCAUCAAUGUGAAAUACCGGAAAAUUGUUUAAAAGAAGAAUCGGUAAGUAUUACAGAAAUUAUAUCUUCUGAUAUUGCAGAAGUUGUGCCGCCAGAUGUUGAUCUUCCAAUAAAUGAAAAAGUACAGGACGCCGAAUCAGAAGAAACAAUAGAAACUGAAAUAAUUCAUUCAAAUACAUCUGAACUCUUAUUAGAAGAAAAUGUAUCAACUGUUGAAAUAAAUAUAACAGCCAAUGAUGUACUAGAAGAGUCGCAUAAAAAUGACAUUAUUGAUUCAGAACAAAUGGAAGAUGUUGUACAAUUAACUGUCGAAUCUCCAGAUUUAGUUGAUGAUGAAGAUCCUAAGCCAAUUGAUGAUGAAGAUCCUAAGCCAAUUGAUGAUGAAGAUCCUAAGCCAAUUGAUGAUGAAGAAGAACCCAAGUCAGUUGAUGAUGAAGAAGAAUCCAAGUCAGUUGAUGAUGAAGAAGAAUCCAAGUCAGUUGAUGAUGAAGAAGAAUCCAAGUUAGUUGAUAAAAAUGAAGAAUCCAAGUUAGUUGAUAAAAAAGAACUUGAAUCAGUUGAUAAAGAACUUCAACCAGUUGAUGAAGAGAAAUCGAAACUAGAAAAUGUAGACGAGAUAGAUAAUGAAGGUGAAUCAUUACUAGUUAUUGAAGAAAAAGAUAGUCAAACUGUAGAGUCAUGUCCAAUGACUUCAGAAAUACCACAAUUAAAGCAUGUUGAAAAUGACAUGAAAUUAGAUGAAACCCCUAAAUCGUUACACCCUAAACGUAAAUGGGGUUCUUGUAAAACAAGGACACCUAUUUUGAUAAGUCCUUUUACUCUAGGUACUAUAAUAGAAUCUAAUGGUAAUUCUAUCGAUGAUAAUGGUGACUACAGAUCAGAAGAAGGAGAAAUACAAAAAACUGAUUCUGAUGAAGAACAAUAUUUUGAAGAACCUAUGGAAAUGAAUGAUACCAUGUUAAUUGAUCAUGAAGCAGUUGAUUAUGAAGCUCCAGAAGAAGAAGACAAACCAGAUAAUGAGAAUGAUGAUAGUAAAUCUGAUAAAUCAUUAGCAGAAGAAAUAAAUGAAAUAGAUACAAAAAAAAAAUUAUCUGCUAAACGUAUGAUAACUAGCAAUGUAAUUCAUAUUACAAACCUUGUAAGGCCAUUUACUGUUGGCCAACUGAGAGAUUUAUUACAAAGAACAGGAAAAAUUGUUACUAAUGGAUUUUGGAUUGACACAAUAAAAUCUGAAUGUAUUGUCGAGUAUGAAAAUGAAGAUCAAGCAAUUGAAACUGUAUAUGCACUCAAUGAAUCCCAGUGGCCAUCGACCAAUCCUAAAGUUUUAAAAGUAGUUUUUACUGAUAAAGAAGAAUUAAAUAAAGCUUUAAAUGGAGCACAUCCAGUUCGAUUAGAAAAACAAAAAGAAUCGAAAGUAGAAAAACUUAGGACACAAUUAGAAAAUCAUACUAUUUUAAGGGAGUGGGAUAGAGGCAAAUUGGAAGAUAUGAAUGGUGAAAAAGAAGAUAAACCUGUUAAAAGAAAAACAUCUGAUGAUUCUUAUGUUUUAAAGGAUAAAAAAAUAAAAAAAGAUGAAAAAGAUCUUCAGGAAAAACGUAAGAAGUCAAAAUCCAAAACUCCUGAACGUAUACCUACAAAAAGUUUAGACGAGUUGUUCCGAAAGACUAAAACAACUCCAACCCUUUAUUGGUCACCACUCUCUACAGAACAAAUUGCAGAGAAAGAAGACCAACGACGUAAGCAUUUAGCAGAGAUGGAACGGUCUCAAAAGACUGACCGUAGAAGAAGAGAUAUAAAUCAUUAUCCUAGGAGACGUUAA